CCAUACAUAUACCUUAAUUAUCCUUAAUUAAUAGUAAAUCUCUUUAAUAUUUAAGGUCUACAUUGAUAAACCUUCCACCUUGGACCAUAUAUAAUUCCAAUUUCAUCUACACCAAAUUUUUCUUUGAGAAAUUUUGACUUUGAAAGGAACCAAAUAAAAUUGACUUUUCACCAAAAAAAAAUAGGAGAACCAAAAUAAAACAACAAAAUAAAAAAACAAAAUAAAAAAGAAGCAAUUUGCCGGAGCCCAACACUGUAAUAGUUGAAAAAAACACCACCUUUGCGCGGCUACCCUAGACCCUUCUUCAAGGUUUUUCGCUUCUCUUUCUCUCUCCUGUUUCUGGGAGAAAAAAGUGGAGAAAAAUAUGGUGGAAUCUGAAGAAACACACAUCAAUAAUAAGCCGUGGAUGAGGUCUGAGGAAUCAUGUGAAGAUAAUAAUGGGUUUUUGAGUGAAGAAAUUAAUGCAUUUGUUAUGUCUGAACAUAUGAUUCAUGGGUUAUUGAAGCCACAAUCUCAAUCUGUACCUCAAAAUCAGUCAAAGAAGAAAUGUUCAAGUGAUACAAGAUCUACUAAUUUGGCUGCAAAUGCGCUUUCUGCUGCUGGUGCUGCCUUUCUUUCUGCUGUCAUUGUUAAUCCUCUUGAUGUUGCCAAGACAAGGUUGCAAGCACAAGCUGCAGGAGCUCAAUAUGCACAUCCAUUAAGUAAUGCCCUUAGUCGCAUGGCAGUUUUUGGACCAAAUAUGUUGUUUGCAGAUUUAAGGUGUUCCCCGUCAUGUGCACGAGCUGGCAUUCAGGGAACGGUAUCGAUGUGUCCACCUGAUUGUUUUCAAUACAAAGGAACUCUGGAUGUUUUGUGCAAAAUUGUCCAACAGGAAGGAGUUACUAGACUAUGGAGAGGAACAAAUGCUGGUUUGGCACUGGCUAUACCGAUGGUGGGAAUUUAUCUUCCCUUUUAUGAUGUAUUCCGCAUCCGUAUGGAAGAAUUUGCAGCUGAUAAUGUUCCAAGUGUAGAGCCAUAUGUCCCAUUUGUUGCCGGUGCUUUAGCACGCUCCUUAGCUUGUACCACAUGCUAUCCAAUUGAACUUGCACGAACACGAAUGCAGGCAUUCAAGGAGACUGGGAAGAAGCCUCCUGGUGUAUUGAAGACCUUAAUUGGGGUUGUUUCAAAUGCCAAAAAUGCAUCCUCUCAAAGCAAGUUGCAAAGUUACCGCGUUCUCUGGACAGGCCUUGGAGCACAACUUGCUCGUGAUGUACCCUUUUCAGCAAUCUGCUGGUCAACCCUUGAACCUAUGAGGAGGAGACUUAGUACUUUAACGGGAGAUGAAGCAAGUGCCAUCACUAUUCUUGGGUCAAAUUUUGCUUCUGGGUUUGUGGCUGGAAGCCUAGCUGCUGGUGCUACAUGUCCUUUGGAUGUGGCUAGAACACGCAGACAAAUAGAGAAGGAUCCUCACAAGGCACUCAGGAUGACCACUAGGACGACUCUAAUGGAGAUCUGGAGGGAUGGAGGAAUUAAGGGUCUCUUUGCAGGGGCUAGCCCUCGUAUUGCUCGUGCAGGGCCAUCUGUCGGGAUUGUGGUUUCAUUCUAUGAAGUUGUGAAAUACAUAGUUAACACUAGGAUAACCCCUGCUUAAAGUUAUUGGCAGCUCACAUAACUAGGAUUAGAUCGCUCAUCCAAUGAAGAAUGCAGUUUUUGGUUACUUGGCUUCAGAGAAUACAGUCUUCAAAGCUACAUAAAUAAAGCAAAGAACAAAAGUUCGGACCUUGAAAUAUAAUUUUGGAGGUUACUCAAGCACAGGUAUAGAUUAUGUCAGGUUACUUAACAGGUUUGUUUUCAAGGUUGAGCAAAAAAAUUUUGUCAAGUACAGUAUAUCCCAAAGUAAUGAUAAAUUUUUGCUGAGAGUUUUCUCGGUUUUCCUUGUACAUUUUGUUUUCUCACCUUUUGUUUUUGCUGAUAUGUAUACCAAUUUGGGUUACAUCAUUCUUUUCGCAAGAUGCUUGUAGUUCGGGUUUUGUUAUGGGUGAUUCAAAUGAGAAGCAAGGGGGUUUGUAUGGGUGAUGAAUUUUCAUUCGCGUAAGCGCAUGUGGUUUGGGUCCCCUUGUAUGCAAUAAUGCAGCACCAACAUCCUGCAUCAUCUAGCAUGGUCUUUUCAUGCCCUGAUGUUUGUUCUGUGCGAUAAUGUGGCUGAU